CCUCGCCAAGAUGAGACUUAUCUUUGCCGCUGUUGCGGUAGCGGCUUUGCUGACAGGAAAUCUGGCGCUUCCAGUGGGAAAAGAAGGGCAGAGAGAAGAUAUGGUAACGCGAUGCUUGGUUGAAGUCCUUUCCAAAGCGCUCUCCAAACCGGACUCCCAGCUGGACCAGGACUGCAAAGACAUCCUCCAAGCAGGGGUUAAACAUGCUCCACUUGACAAGAAGAAUGCAGAGGGCAUAGCAACUAAUGGAGAGGUGGUCAAAGGUCAUCCUGAGGUGCCUGAGGCAAAGGGAGCAGAUGUGAAAGACAUCGAGGCUCUCCUGAAAACCGUAGAGGAAAAAAGAGUAAUCCCAGAAGACGAGCGCAGCCAAGAAUCCUGGAGUCUGGUGGACGAGAAGGAGAAGAGACACGAGAACGAAGAGGAAGAAGAGCGGGAGAAGAGGAGCAGCUGGAGGCCUCCAUACCAACGGAAACACAAACGAGGAGAGGAAGAAGAGGACAACGAGCGCAGUCAGGAGAGUUGGGGGCUAGAAGAGAAGAGAUCGGAAGAAGAAGAAGACGAAGACAGAGAGAAGAGGAACUGGAGGCCUGGGAGAUACCACCAAAGAAAACACAAACGAGAUGAGGAACCUUUAGGAGAUGAGAGGGAGGAGCCAGAGGAGGAACGCAGCCAGGAGUCCUGGGAUGUAGACAAAAGGCAUAGGAACGAGAAUGAAGAGGAGAGAUACAAGCGCAUAUGGAAGCCAACACAUCGCUACCACCACAAGAAAAAGCUCCACAAACGUGGUGAGGGGGAGGAUGAAGGUGACGAUCGCAGCCAGGAAUAUUGGGGUCUUGACGAUGAAAGGGACAAGAGGGAAUGGAGGGCUGGAAGGUACCACCAAAGGAGACACAAACGUGAUGAAGAGUUGUCAGAGGAAGCUAGGGAAGAGCCUGAUGAAGAACGCAGCCAGGAAUCAUGGGACUUUGAUACUGGAAGAGACAAAAGAGAGUGGAGGGCCGGCAGGUACCACCAGAGGAGACACAAACGUGAUGAAGAGCUCUCAGAGGAAGCCAGGGAAGAGCCCGAUGAAGAACGCAGCCAGGAAUCAUGGGACUUUGAUACUGGAAGAGACAAAAGAGAGUGGAGGGCCGGCAGGUACCACCAGAGGAGACACAAACGUGAUGAAGAGCUCUCAGAGGAAGCCAGGGAAGAGCCCGAUGAAGAACGCAGCCAAGAAUCAUGGGACUUCGACACUGGAAGAGACAAAAGAGACUGGAGAGCUGGAAGGUACCACCAGAGGAGACACAAACGUGAUGAAGAGCUCUCAGAGGAAGCCAGGGAAGAGCCUGAUGAAGAACGCAGCCAGGAAUAUUGGGAUUUUGAUACUGGAAGAGACAAAAGAGACUGGAGAGCUGGAAGGUACCACCAGAGGAGACACAAGCGUGACGAGGAGCUCUCAGAGGAGGAGAGAGAAGAGCCGGACGGGGAACGCAGCCAGGAGUCCUGGGGCUUGGACAAAAGAAAUGGAAAAGAGGAGGAAGAAAUAGAAAAGCGCAUAUGGAAACCAAGACAUCGAUACCACCAUAAAAAGAAAUUUCACAAGCGUGGUGGAGGCUCAUCAGAAGAAGAAGAAGAACAGAGGGACGAUUCAGAGGAAUACAAGGAGGCAGCAAAGGACAGGUAUUUGGCAGAGAAGCGUAAUCCCUGGAUUUAUAGAGGCUACUACCACCCUGCAUGGUUUAAAAGGGAUUCAGACGAGCACGCUGCAACCUCAAACAAGAUGGAUGAACUCGCAAAGUUGCUGAGCUAUAAGAUAAACCAGCUGGCCAACCACUCUAAUCAAGAGGAGGCAAAGAAGAGCAUGUACCAGAGAGCACUUACAGCACAGGAGGAGAAAGAACUGGAGAACCUAGCAGCGAUGGACAUGGAGUUGCAGAAAAUCGCUGCCAAGUUGCAUGACAACAGUACAUAAGCCAAGAUGGACAUUUCACAGCAUUCCACUUCACUAUCAGUGGAUAAAAGCUGCUGUCUUACUGUGCGUCUGCCAAUGUAAUGUGCUUACAGUGUCGAAAAAGACAAAAAAAAAAAAGACAUAAAAAAAAACCUGGAGCCUUGCCAA